GUGAAAUUAAUCAAGGAAAAACAAAAAGGAAGAAGGAGAAGAAGAAGAAAAAUCUGAAGGGGUAAUAAUGGAAGUUCCGUACAACUUCAAAGAAGAGGUCGGUGAUGAAUCUGACGAAGACGACGAAUCAGGGAAAAUCAAUGAAGCAUUCAUUUGCUGUAUUUGCCGAGAUCUCCUUUACAAGCCUGUUGUGUUAGCUUGUGGCCAUAUUUCGUGUUUUUGGUGUGUUCAUAAAUCUAUGAACGGCAUGCACAAGUCCCGUUGCCCAAUAUGUCGGAACCACUAUUAUCAUUUCCCCUUUAUAUGUCAGACGCUCCACUUGGUGCUCUUGAAAAUGUACCCCGCUAUCUAUAAGAAAAGAGAAAACCAAACUUUAGAAGAGGAAAACAAGAUGGGUUACUUCUCCCCGCAAAUUAACGGUUCUGAUUAUGUGUCGUCACAAUCUGAAGAGACGAGAAUCAACCCAUCCGAUGCUUUUCAACCCUGCAUUUCUGAUGCUGAACCAUCACUCGGUUUAUGUUCUGUCAAAGCAGGGGGGCCAGCAGAGAGGACAGAACCUGUACAAUACCGUUCCGGUUGUCAAGAUAUGGGAUUGCUAAAUUUGCUUGAUCGUAGAAACGAUAUUAUUACAGCAACUAAUGAUACCACUUCCGAAGAUAGAAACUCGAACGAGGUUUCUGUUGAUGAUGUUCUGUGUGCUUCCUGUAAUCGCAUGCUUUUCCGGCCUAUAGUUCUCAACUGCGGUCAUGCAUUUUGUGUCUGCUGCAUUGGUCUCAAAACAAAUGAGAUGCUCAAGUGUGAAGUUUGUCAAAGUCCGCAUCCCGGUGACAUUCCGAAAGUGUGCUUGGAAUUUGAUCACUUUUUGGAGGAACAGUUUCCUAAAGAAUAUGGAUUAAGAAGAGCUACUUUGCAGAUGAAACAAGAGGAGUUCCCGAGCGAAACUCGUAGUACGUGCUCAUCGGAAGCUGAUAAGGGAAAUUUUCACUUCUCGUUUACAUCAGGCGACGACCCUUUACCAUUGUGGGAUUCCAGUUCAAAGGUCCACAUUGGAGUCGGUUGUGAUUCUUGUGGGAUGUACCCUAUAAUUGGAGAUAGAUACAAAUGCAAAGAUUGUUCGGAGCAAGUAGGGUACGACCUUUGUGUAGAUUGCUACACGACCUCUUCUAAGCUACCCGGGCGUUUCAAUCAGCAGCACACUUCGGAGCACACGUUUGAAAUAUUGAAAUCGGAUGUGAUGCACAAUAUUAUGUUGAGACUUAUCCGGGGGCAGUUAGAAGAAGCUUCUUCUGUCUCUGCUGCUUUGAAUGAUGGUUUGUUCAAUAUGAUUCCUUCGUCUGAAAAUGCCAAUCAAGAUUCCGAAAAUGCCGAUGAUGCCCCUCUUCCCUCGUCCGAUACAAAUCAGAUGCAAUGACUUACAUGAUUUGGGUUCUUCUGCUUAUUGCCAACUUUCGGUACUCUUUUUUUUUUCUUAAAUUAAAAUUUCGAUUUUGUUGUGUUGAAAUUUUUAACUGAAACCUCUCAUUUGGCACAUUACCUGUAAAAUUAUAUAUGUGGUAUAUUAAAAACAGCAUUUCUUUUUUGAUUUAA